CCUUUUGUUUUUUUUUAUUUGAUUCUAGUUCUAGAUAGCUUUGAGAAUAUCAAUCUUCAAGCCUGUCAAACACAGCUCUUCCAGGUCACACUGGGGAACAGAGGUGUUGCUGGUGAUGUUGUCGGAGAUGGCUCGGGGCGGAGGAGAGAUUGCAACGCUGUCAACAGUCAGCCCCCGAAGCCGACGAGGAUAGCAGGUGUGUGUGUAUGUAGAGCGCACUUGUGCUUGCAUUAUGUUGGCUCGCCACAUGGUGAAGCUGAUAUCAAUGAAGCUGUCCAAAGUGUAUGUGGCUGGCCAUCAGUCACCAUGACCCUUCUUCCAUCCCGAAACGCCCCUGCCUGGCUUGGGUCAGUGACGCACCAUUGCCGAGACGGCGGGUACAUGGAUGGAUGACCACAGUCCUAAAUCACCAGGCCGACUCGACUCCACCACCACCAGCUCACCGCUGCGCCCGCGCCCAAACCCCUCAAAGCCUUCGCUUCUGCACCGCGCGGGAGGAUGUUGUGCAGUGGCAGGUCCGCGACAUAAGAAUGGCCUUUGAGGUAUCGUACAACCUCGAAAAUGAGACGCAGUUUUGGGAUGAACUCGAUGACAUUGUCUCCACGCGCUGCCAGGAACACGAAAUCAUAGACAAUGCCCUCCGUUCGUUCCUCGAAAUCACAACCAGUUACAAGUCCGACUACCUUCAAACCGAUUACAACAUCGCAAAAUGCGUAUAUCGUCUCAUACAAGGCGAGCUUUUCAAUUCCCACAAGGAAUAUGUGCGCCGGCAGAUCUUGUACUGUCUCCUCCAGGAAGAUGAUAACCCCACUCUGCACAUGGUCUCGGCCUUCCUUCUCUUUGACGGCCGGAAUAAUGGAAACGAUUCUACUUUUGAAAUGAUGUUUGACGAGGGCAUCUUUCCAAGGCUGGUGGAUCUGGUACAAAACCCAGUUGUACAGGAGGAUACCAGGUUGCAUCAGAUGCUGCUCGAGCUCAUGUAUGAGUCUUCGCGGAUACAAAGACUCAAAUGGGAAGAUUUCAUGGCCGUUGACGAUUCCUUUAUUCUCUAUUUGCUCGGAAUAAUAGAGGGCGUUUCUGGCGACGCCGAUGAUCCAUAUCACUAUCCUGUCAUCCGCGUCCUUUUGGUUCUCAACGAGCAAUACCUCGUGGCCUCCACAACGCGACAGCAGGAUGGCCGUUCCAACAUGACAAAUCGCGUCAUAAAGGCCAUCUCCACCCACGGCAUCACUUACAAAACGUUCGGCUGCAAUCUCAUUCUCCUUCUGAAUCGGGAGUCAGAAACUUCACUUCAACUGUUGAUUCUAAAAGUGCUAUAUCUCAUCUUUGGGAAUCCUCAGACGGCCGAAUACUUUUACACAAACGAUCUGCACGUGCUGGUGGAUGUCAUCCUGCGAAAUUUGAUUGAUCUGCCGUCCGAUUCGCCAGCUGCCAAUGCACUUCGUCAUACAUAUCUACGCGUUCUAUACCCAAUCUUGACCCACAGUCAGAUUGCUAAGCCGCCACAUUACAAGAAGGAAGAUAUUUGUCGGCUUCUCUAUCUACUCACCACAAGUGGAAAUCACUUCGCUCCGACAGACGACACGACGGUGCGUCUUGUGAAGCGUUGCCUCUCUGUACCAUGGCUCCAGCCGGCCGAAAGCGAAACAGAUGCACAAACAGAUGGAAGCGGUGCCAUCUCCCCCGUCGACAACGUGGUUGGGAUGGGGCAAAAAGAAGUUGCCAGACGGAAGUUGGGCAUGAGUGUCGAUAACGGUACCGAGAGCGCAACAAGCGUUUUGGAAGUGGCAUCCCACACAGAGAAACCCGGUGUGCAAACACCCAGCAUCGUAAAAGACCAUGCUCGAUAAAGAGGACAUGACGAGGUUUGAUCGUCAAAUCUUAGCAUGUCAACGCUCUUGCCAGUCGGUAUCGCGCGCAAUCUUUGUUCUCAUUACUCUGCAGCCAGUUCUCUGACAUUGCCCGGUCUAUACCCAGCUUAUCUACUCAUCAAAUUAGCGUUUUGUUAAUCGGCAUCUACUACGUGUUUUCCUUCUCCGUCAUUUGUUCGCACGCCCGGCCCCCCAUGGUACGGCAUCUUGCAUGGCCUGGCGUUGUCUCUCCAUCCUCCUUCCUCUAGCUUGUGGAAAUCUCAUUUCGAAUGUUUACCGUCUCAAAUGAUUUCCACACCUCUUGUAAUUCAACCUCUAUAUACCGUUUUCACUCGUCUUCGUACCCUUUGGCAUGUUCUACUUCGUGUAUAGGAGCCGUAGCAAUAUAUCCCCUUGUUAUUCAAUAUCUCAGCAUCUUCGGGAAGAUUACUCGGUUUAGAGUCUCGCUCAUUUGUAGGGUAUACUGUGAUUUGAUCUACGAAUCGAUGAAUGUCUUC